GCCUUUCUAUUUCAUAAGGUACUUCGUACUGCAUUCUGGUCAUCCAAUUGGAAAGAGAAAAAAGGCCCUCUUACUCACCCCGCGAAAAAGUCGGCAUCGUGCAGAGGCAGUUGCAGUCGCGCAUCGCCGGGGCCCUGACGUAAUUGGGCGCUCAACACAUCCAGCACCAGAGAAGCUAGAAGCUAGCUCCGAGGCCUGCCCUCGCGACUCGUAUGAGCUCGAUACCACCACACCCGCUACCUAUCCUCUUUCUCUGCUCUACCUUGCCUUGCCUCGUUCGCCCGGCUAGGACCGAAACCUAAUAACCCUUCCAUCGCCCCAUCGAUCAUUGCCGAUUUUCUGGCCCCUCCUCCCCUCUCCUCUUACUACCACAUCGAGUGUCUUCGUCGCGAGAUCAUACCCACGCCAACGAUUCCCAUUGACCUCCAUAGCACUACCUAGCCUGACUGGCUUCACGCUCUUCACCCCCCGAACACUCCCUCUCCCUUUCGCCUCCACGAGCUACACCAACAUGGAUGAGGUAGAUCGCGAGCUCAGCAACGCCGCUCGAGCAGCGUCGCCGGGCCGCUACCAGUCUCGCGGUAGCCACGAGAUUGAGCGCGUCCUUUCUGCUUCCACCACUUCGAGCACAUCCACCUCUUCCUCCGGCGAACCCUACCGCCGCAACACGGGCAUCAGCCGCGUGUCAACUCAGAAUGACCUCGAGCGCCACCCCACGGCGCUCAGCCGCAUCGCCACCCAGCGCAGCCAACACAGCAACACUGUCGGACGGAGCAUCAAGAGCAGAGAAUCGAGGAAACCUCUUCCCAACUUUGGCGCCGGAAAGCCCUAUCCGCCUCACCUACCCGACCAGGAGGAGUAUGUCGUCGAGUUUGACGGGCCCAGCGACCCGCUGCAUGCCCAGAACUGGCCCAUGAAGAAGAAGAUGAUCACAGCCGUCAUGCUGGCUUACACGACAUUAACAUCCGCCUUUGGCUCGAGUAUCUUCUCCGCCGCCACGGCGCCCAUCAGCGUCCAGUACAACGUCUCCAACGAGGUCGGCAUCUUGGGCGUCUCCUUCUACGUUCUCGGCUUUGCGACAGGUCCCACGCUCUGGGCGCCCCUCUCUGAGCUGAAGGGUCGUCGUCUACCGCUGGUCCUCUCCAUGUUCGGCUUUUCUCUCUUCUCCAUCGCUGCAGCUACAGGCAAGGAUAUCCAGACGAUUCUCAUCUGCCGUUUCUUCAGCGGUUUCUUCGGCGCCUGCCCCCUGGCCGUCGUCGCCGCCGUCUUCUCCGACAUGUUCGACAACCGCACCCGUGGUGUCGCCGUCACAGUCUUCUCCAUGGCCGUCUUCACCGGCCCUCUCCUCGCCCCCUUUGUCGGCGGCUUUAUUGUCGAGUCGUACCUCGGCUGGCGCUGGACCCAAUAUCUCAUCUCCAUCAUGGGCUUCUUCGCCUUCUUCCUCGACCUGUUCUUCCUCGAGGAAACGUAUCCGCCCGUCAUCCUCGUGAGCAAGGCCUCCGAGUUGCGCCGUCGCACCCGAAACUGGGGCAUCCACGCCAAGCAGGAGGAAAUCGAGGUCGACCUGCGGGAGCUCAUCACCAAGAACUUCACUCGUCCCAUGCGCCUGCUGUUCUUCGAGCCCAUUGUCACCCUCUUGUCCAUCUACAUGGCUUUCAUCUACGGUAUUCUGUACCUCUUCCUGACCGCCUACCCCUUUGUGUUCCGCGGCGUUCACGGCUUUAACGCAGGCGAGUCCGGCCUCGCCUUCUUCGGUAUGGUCACUGGUCAGCUCAUUGCCGGUACCGUCGUGCUCCUCCAGCAGCCCUGGUACCUGCGCAAGCUCAAGGCCAACAAUGGCGUGCCUGUGCCCGAGUGGCGUCUGCCGUCCGUCAUUGUCGGUGGUGUCUUCUUCGCCGCCGGCAUCUUCUGGUUCGGCUGGUCCGGCUACCGUCGCGACAUCCACUGGAUCGUGCCAGCCCUCAGCGGUCUCUUCACCGGUUUUGGUCUCAUGUCGAUCUUCCUGCAGUCGCUCAACUACCUCGUCGACUCAUACCUCAUGUUCGCCGCGUCGGCCAUUGCCGGCAACACCUUCCUGCGAUCGCUCUGCGGCGCCGGCUUUCCCCUGUUCGCGACGCAGAUGUUCGAGGGCAUGGGCAUAGAGUGGGCCUCGACGCUGCUGGGCUGCAUCGCCGCCGCGCUCGCUCCCAUUCCCCUCAUCUUCUGGCUCUACGGCCACAAGAUCCGCGCCAAGAGCGCCUACGCACCGACCUUCCAGGCCCAGGCCGAGGAGCCGGUCGAGCCCGAAGACUUGCCAGGUGCCGUGCCGACGCAGUCGCAGACGGCUGUCAACGGAGCCAACGGCGUCAACGGACACCACGAGGAGGAGAAGCAGGAGGAUCUCGCGGCGAGGGCGAACGCGCCAGCGACGAAUGGCGACAGGAGCAAUGCUGUUUGA